AAGAGUAAACCCAGCAAGGAAAAAAAACAAAGAAAAUAUCCCCUGCUGCGCCUCCGCCUCGCCUCUUCUUCCUCAGCUCCGGUCGCCCUCACCGUGCUUCGCCUCCCCCCUUGGCCCUUCCUUUGGGAGUCUCCUCUGACUAGGGACUGGGUAGUACUAUACCAGCCGCCGCCGCCGCCGCCGCCGUGUAGGCGGGAGGAAUCCCCGAGGAGGCGAGGGGUUCAGUACAGGAGACAAUCAAGAGGAGGUUAAGGAGGAUGGUUUCGCUGUCGACGUGGUUCCGCUACGCCGCCCACAAGUUCGAGUACUCCAUCUCCCUCUCAUGGAAGAAGUAUAAUGUCGGCCAGAUCAACAGUACGGAGCUAACUGAUGCGAUAUGGAAAAGCUUUUUCCAAGGCAAGCUCACCUACACACACUGGACCAAAGGUGGAGAGGCCAUGGCCCCCAUUGUAUCUGCGACUGGAGGAACCCUCCUUGUCAGAAAGCUCGCCAAUUUAAGCCCCACACAAGUCUUUGUUGGGGACGUCGUCUUGUUAAAAGACCCAGAGAAGUCUGAUGAUUUAAUUAUUCGACGACUGGCUGCCCUGGAAGGCUAUGAGAUGGUCUCUAAUGACGAGAAGGAUGAACCAUUUGUACUUGACAAAGACCAGUGCUGGGUCCUGGCAGACAACCAAGCCCUAAAACCAAAGGAAGCUAGAGAUAGCCGUUUGUUUGGACCUGUGCCUAUGACUGACAUCCUUGGACGAGUGAUAUACUCUUUAAGAACAGCUGUGGAUCACGGUCCAGUCGAGAACAGCGGCAUGGCCAUGAACCAGGACACACCAGUUUUGGCAGUAGAGCUCGACGUGGAAGAGAUGGCAAAGAAUAAUAAGAUGUAAGAUACUUGAUGCUUUUGACAUGCUGUGGUGUAACUUUUUAUCUUCGUGGAUUUUGUUAUUUGGAACUUGCAAGUAGAACCCCCAUCGGAAUGUUGUUCGCCAUUUACCUGUGUAGAAGUCACUAAUCAUCGUAAGAAAUAACCCACACGGGUUGCUGAA